AUGGCCCAAGAAUAUGUGUCCCUAUAUCGCCAGACUUUAGCAGAACGUCAACAGCGAUAUGAUGCUGCAAUAGCCUCUGGGCAGUACACGCCUUUUCUUUACCCCUGGGACACCCUACCAGCCCUGUAUCUCCUGUUUGGAAUAGCGGUGGCACCACGAUUUCGUCCGGGGUUGGCCAAGGCUGUCCGAUAUGGCUGCUUCCUCCUGGUGGUCUUGCACUUCGCAUAUAUCGGGUCUCAGCAUCGCACACUCUCGUUUGCUUCUGGCUAUAUGAUGGGAAUUUCUGGCGCUUGGGCUGUCAUCAUGUCCGCGGCUCUUCUUGUCUUCAACGACGUUGCAAAGGAUUUCACGAGAAUAGAGACGAGGCCUAUCGAACCCGCAGGCGAUGCAAGCCACCCUAACGGGGUCGUGGCCGUCUCAGGCUCGGACUUUGCUUCCCCGAUUGACCUGACCAAGCGAAAGGUUCCGGCCGUAUUUACUUCAAAGGACAAGAAGCAGCUCGGCUCUCAAGGAGGUGAGCAGCCUGCUACACGACCAUACAAACUGGUAUGGCAAGGCUAUCCUUACGACUCAGAUUGGCUACAUAUCAUUGACUGGGCGGCGGACUUGAUCACCAACUUCCGGGGCGUGAAUUGGAAGCAUCGGAUCCAAACAGCGGGAGAAGUCGAUGCUCCCAUAUCUCCAAAUCAUGGAAAUCAAAUUUCCAGUGCCAGAGAGGAAGCCGUAAGCGGGCCUCCUGCCGUACCUGAACAAACCCUACGAUCGCUCCAAUAUCGAACGCUGCAAAAUUUCAUUACCACCUACCUGGUCUUAGACUUGUUAAAAACGACCAUGAUGACUGAUCCUUAUUUCCUGGGAUUGGAACCAUUGGACUCGCCUACACAAUGGCCAUGGCUAUUCCGGCUGAACCAGCACGUUCCUGUUGCCACAUCACUUGCCCGACUAUUGACGUCAAUGGUCGCGGUUAUCACAGCGUUGACCUUUGUCUUCGGCCUCAGCCCGCUGUUCUUUGCCGUUAUUCUGCCGUGUUUCAUGGAUGUAUCAUCCAUCACAAAGUCACCGCUGCUUGAGCCUUGGAUGUAUCCACCUCAAUGGUAUCCCCUCGGAAGAACCGUAUUACAAUCUGGUCUGGCAGGCUUCUGGGGCAAGUUUUGGCAUCAGAUGUUUCGGUUCGGCAUCUCAGAACCCUCAAGAGUCAUAAUCGAGGGGCUUGACCUCAACCAGCGAGGCAAUGCUGCGCGAGCGACCCAGGUUCUGAUAGGAUUUUUGCUUUCCGGGUUGAUUCAUGCAGCGGGAAGUUAUACCUCGUUUUCGCUCAAACCUUCGCAUCCAAUUUCUGGGCCUCUUGUUUUCUUUUUCUCCCAAGGCGUUGGUGUUUUGCUGCAGCAGUUUCUGGCCAAGAUCCUGCGCAUAUGUAUUCCUCAGACAAAAUCUCUGCCGCCGCUCGCCCGACAGCUGGCGAAGCUUGUCUUUGUUGUGCUCUAUCUUUACUUCACUGGCCCCCUUCUUGCUGACGACUUUGCACGUUGCGGCGUCUGGUUAUUCGAACCAUUUCCCAUCAGCCCUCUCCGAGGACUAGGAUUUGGGCCUGGAGGGAAGGAUGAAGGGUGGUUUGCAUGGUAUCAGGAGGGAUCGAAAUGGGUCGGAUGGUGGCAGGGUGACCACUGGUGGCAGAGUGGGUUAGCGAUAUAUUAG